AUGUCGUCUUCAUCUGCUCAAGCUCCAGGUGGUUUAAGAAGUGCUGUUAAGAGAAAGUCAACUGCUGAAAAGAAAGCUCAAAAUUCAAAUGCUUUACCAUUAUCUACAAGAUCAGCUGGUGCUGGAGGUUCUUCAUCAACUAUGAUGAAAUUAUUUACUGAUGAAGCUCAAGGUUUAAGAGUUGAUCCAUUAGUUGUAUUAUUUUUAGCUGUUGGAUUCAUAUUUUCAGUAAUUAUAUUACAUGUAUUUGCAAAGAUAACUGGUAAAUUUACUUAA